GCUGAGCGCGUCCGCUUGUGUUCCGACUGAUGCGCAUAUCGUGUCCACCAAUCGACAAAAGCUGUUAGGGUAGCAGGCAAUCCUGAAAGAAGUCAAUGAAUAUUAAUGCUCAAGCCGUUCACUUUCAUCCACACAAAGUUAGCGGAUCACCAGAGGGGUGAUGGCACUCUAUUAGAAUUUCAACGCCGUGUUUGGAUUAAGACUCAUUCAAUUCGGAAUUUGGUCAUUUGGAAACCAAUGUUGUGCAUGACAGUGGUUGUGGGGAUGGGACUUUAAAGAAUUGCCCGGGACUUACGGCAUAUGAAGACGUGACUUGUACGCCACUUGAAAGACUUUGGAAAUUGGUAAUAUAUUUAUUUUUUUCCCUAUAAAAUGUGAAGCGCACGUCUUGGAUGCUCUGGCUCUCUGCAAGCAGGGCUGCCCGUGUGGAAGAAUGUAUGCAAGAUGCCUUUUGAAUCUUAGGGUCCCGUCUUCAUAAAUUGUGAGAGGCUGUACAGGAAUAAGAAACCACUAUUCAAGAAACUGUGACGACUGACUUUUCUUCUUCUUUUUUUUUAAUCUACGACCCCUUUUCACUUCUCAUUCUGUUUUCCUGUGCAAUUUGCGGCUUGUUUUUAAGGUGAGUGGAUCAGUUUUCGGCAGGAGCGGUGCUUAGAAUGCGGACAGAUUAUUAUUGUUGAGUGUCCAUGCGAGACUUUCAGUCAAAACAUGUCAGGCCAUUUCUCUGUGAGGAUCACUGCUGUCAGAGAUGGCAUUUUGGUCCCCUACUUCAUUUUUUACCUCUAAAGUGCCUCGGAAGAUAUUGUUCAUGUUCACCCUCUCUCUUACUGUUACUUACCUGUUUUAUUGUUUGAUGAGCUGUUAUAACACGCUGCAGUUUCCCUUUCAAGAAAGCUACGUGUAUCAAACCGGGCAGGUGACCGAAGAGACAACUUUCAUCACAUUAAGAGAGAAACUUUACUCCACCACCUCCCAGGGAUACUUCGCAGAGGAUCCAGUGCAGAAGACCGUCACUGAUCCCACGGCCGGAGAUGACAAGGUCUCCACCGUCAACCAUGCGGUUAACAUGGAAAUCGGAGAAAGGACGACGGAGUGGGACAGCAGUCAGGCUGUUCCGACCAAGACUGCGGCAGGGGGUCAGGGUGCAGCCUCGGAGCCAGAGCACCAGGAAUCAAGCACCACCGACGACGAUCUGAGCCGACGGGUCAACUGCACCUCGGAUUACGGCCAGAAAAAGCUGCCCCAAGCGAUCAUAAUAGGGGUUAAGAAAGGAGGUACCAGGGCAUUGCUGGAGGCUUUAAGGGUCCAUCCCGACGUCAGGGCAGUGGGAAACGAGCCCCAUUUUUUUGACAGGAACUACGAGAAGGGACUCGAUUGGUACAGGGACCUGAUGCCCUCCACACUGGAGGGUCAGAUCACCAUGGAGAAAACGCCCAGCUAUUUUGUUACCAACAACGCCCCGAAGCGCAUCCAUACCAUGGCUAGAGACAUCAAGCUGAUCAUCGUUGUUCGCAACCCAGUGACCAGGGCCAUCUCGGACUACACCCAGACUCUAUCCAAAAAGCCAGAGAUCCCGAACUUCGAGGUUCUUGCCUUUAAGAACCGGACCCUGGGGCUGAUCGAUGCCUCGUGGAGUGCCCUGCGGAUAGGCAUCUAUGCCCUACACCUGGAGAGCUGGCUGCAGUAUUUUCCACUCUCGCAGAUGCACUUUGUCAGCGGUGAGCAGCUCAUCGUUGACCCAGCGGGAGAGAUGGCCAAAGUUCAGGAUUUCCUGGGGCUCAAACGCAUCGUCACAGAUAAGCACUUCUACUUCAACAAAACCAAGGGUUUUCCGUGUCUGAAAAAGCCCGAAGACAGCAGCACCCCCAGGUGUCUGGGUAAAUCCAAGGGCAGGACUCAUCCCAAAAUAGACCCUGAUGUAAUACGACGGUUGCACAAAUUUUACAAGCCCUAUAAUAUGAUGUUUUACCAAAUGACGGGACAAAACUUUCAGUGGGAGCAGGUAGAGACCCAGUAAGAGGACACUUCUGUCCAGCUAAGAGGCUCCUCUGCAGGUAGAUGCACCAGCUGUAUCUCGUUAAAUGAUGUGAGAGUGUCUUAUGUCAGGCCUCAUAGCUUUCAUUGCGACUCAACCAAUGACAUUACUGAUCUCAUCUGACCCAAUGCUGUAGGUGUUUGUGCAAUCAUGAUGUACAUACUAUACACAAAAUAUAUUUUUCAUUUGUAAACUGGA